AUGUCCAGUGGGGGAAGGUUUAAUUUUGACGAUGGAGGGUCCUACUGUGGAGGUUGGGAGGACGGCAAGGCUCACGGCCACGGCAUCUGCACCGGCCCGAAGGGGCAAGGCGAGUAUGCGGGCUCCUGGAGUCACGGCUUCGAAGUGCUGGGCGUCUACACCUGGCCCAGCGGGAACACCUAUCAGGGCACCUGGGCGCAAGGGAAGCGCCACGGCAUCGGCGUGGAGAGCAAAGGCAAGUGGGUGUACCGAGGCGAAUGGACUCACGGCUUUAAGGGACGCUACGGGGUGCGCGAGUGCACCGGCAACGGGGCCAAGUACGAAGGCACCUGGAGCAACGGACUGCAGGAUGGCUACGGAACAGAGACCUACUCGGAUGGAGGGACAUACCAAGGCCAGUGGGCCGGAGGGAUGCGUCAGGGCUACGGCGUUCGGCAGAGUGUCCCAUACGGCAUGGCUGCGGUUAUCCGGUCGCCAUUAAGAACAUCAAUCAACUCUUUGCGCAGCGAACACACCAAUGGCACGGCAUUGCACCCCGAUGCGUCCCCUGCCGUGGCCGGGAGCCCCGCUGUCUCAAGGGGGGGAUUUGUCCUGAUGGCCCACAGCGACGCGGAGAUCCUGAAGAGCAAGAAGAAGGGCAUUUUCCGGCGUUCCUUGCUGAGUGGCCUCAAGUUGCGCAAAUCCGAGUCCAAGAGCUCGCUCGCCAGCCAGCGGAGCAAGCAGAGUUCCUUCCGCAGCGAGGCAGGCAUGAGCACCGUGAGCUCCACCGCCAGCGAUAUCAACUCCACCAUCAGCCUGGGCGAAGCCGAGACCGAGAUCUCUGUGAUCGAGGAUGACAUUGAUGCCACCACCACCGAGAUUUACGUGGGUGAGUGGAAGAACGACAAGAGGUCCGGCUUCGGCAUCAGCCAGCGCUCCGACGGCCUCAAGUACGAAGGGGAGUGGGCCACCAACAAGCGCCAUGGCUACGGUUGCAUGACCUUCCCCGACGGCACGAAGGAAGAGGGGAAGUACAAGCAGAACAUUCUUGUCAGCGGCAAACGGAAGAACCUCAUCCCCUUGAGGGCCAGCAAGAUCCGUGAGAAGGUGGACCGGGCUGUGGAGGCAGCCGAGCGGGCAGCCACCAUCGCCAAGCAGAAAGCGGAGAUUGCAGCUUCCAGGACCUCCCAUUCGCGAGCGAAGGCCGAUGCCGCCGUGACAGCAGCACAGAAAUCUCAGGAGGAAGCGCGGGUUGCUAGGAUCACUGCCAAAGAUUUUUCACCUUCCUUCCAGCACCGAGAAAACGGGCUUGAGUGUCAGAGGCCAAAGCACCAGCAUUCAAGCGAUGAGAUCGAGGUCCUUUCUACAGGGACUCCCCUUCAGCAGGAAAGCCCAGAGCUCUACAGAAAAGGAACGACACCUUCGGACCUCACACCGGAUGACAGCCCUCUCCAAAGCUUCCCUGCCAGCCCCUCCUCAUCCCCACCUCUGGGUCCUUCCUGUCGGAACAAGAAUGCCCACUUCACCAGACAGGUCUCCAUGGACGAGGAGAGGGGUGGGGAAAUCCAGAUGUUGUUGGAGGGACGCAGUAGGGAGUUCAUGAGGCCUAACAGCUGGGGCGAAGACAAGGAGGGCGGGCCUCAUGGGAUAAGAGGCGGGGUCUUGCGCAGCGGCCAAUUGGAAGACCAUCGAGGCCGGAGCGGUGGUGGGCACAAGCAUGGCACCGCCAAUCACAAACCACGGGAGCGGUGGGCAGACCCUCCAACCAUGGUUUCGUGGACUUAUCACCGCCCACACCACCACGGCUCGGGGAGCAACAAGCUCUCGGAGCUGGAUGAGGAGAAGCUGAGCAAUUACGAGAUGGAAAUGAAGCCCCUCCUGAGGAUGGACUCUUACAUGCAAGAGAUGCAAUCCCAAAAAAGGCAUCAGGGCAAAAUGGGUCUGAGCAAGAACCUGGCUGAAGAACCACAUCCUGGGGAAGAGCGGGGCUUUGGCGUCCAGAGGCUGAGGUCAACCUCCCAGAACAAGGAGAACUUCAGGCCAGCAUCUUCUGGUGAGCCAGCAGUGCAGAAACUAGAGAGCCUGAGGUUCGGGGAUAAAGGUGAACCCCGUCUGUUGAGGUGGGACUUAACUUGCUCUCCACCACAGAAAUCCUUACCUGUUGCACUAGAAUCAGAGGAGGAAAAUGGAGAUGAGCUCAAAUCCAGCGCGGGUUCAGCUCCCAUCCUAGUCGUCAUGGUGAUCUUGUUAAACAUUGGAGUCGCCAUUUUGUUUAUUAACUUUUUCAUCUAAACCGAGACUGUCUUGUUUGCAAAACUCCGACCGGUUAAUAAUUAAUUAAUAAAAACAACAACAACAAAAAAAAAACCCGCCCCCAAGCGGUCUGAAAAUGGGGAUAAUGCUGCGAGAGACCCAACGGGAGAACGAGGUCGUCGUUUUGAACUGUCCCGCGACAACUUUCAAGUCUUUUCACCACCGAUUGAGUCUCACUCACAGUUUGC